AUGGUGAAGCUAGGAAAAACGAGUAAGAGGCAACCUCUUAAACAGAAAUAUGCCAUCACAAAGAAAGUAGCGGCACAUAAGAAGAAACUAAAAAAAAUCAUUAAGAAAACCAAAAUCCAUCACAGGAGGAGUACGAAGAAAUCAAUGAAAAUACCAGAAUGCAUUUUCAAAAAGGAUAUAUUAAGUAAUAUAAAAAUAAAUUCUUCAAAGAAAAAAAAUAAAAACAACGGGGAUGAAGAUACAUGCAAGGAAUUCAACCUAGAGCAACAUGAUGACUGCACCCUGCAGAAUAUGAUGUUCCAUCUGGGAAUUUCCUCAGGGGAGACCCCCUCAGAGGAACUAAUCAAUGUUCCUAUGGGCACACUUCUAAAUAGCACCUUGGAUGGUAGCACGACAUGUGGAAGCGCACCUGUAGGAGAAGUUAACCCAUGUUCCAUCUCCUUUUACAACUAUCUCGAUUUAAACUUCGCGACAAAGAUGCACAUGUUCGAAAAGGCAAAGGAAGAAAUGUAUCCCUCACUGAACGAAAAGUACUUACACGUGGAUAACUUACUAGAUAUUAUACGAAAUUGUGAUGCCCUAUUUUACAUCAUCGAUGUUAGGAACCCCUUAUUAUAUCUGGAGGAAGAUAUAAUAGACUUCAUUAAGAAGUGCAGAAAGGAAGUUAUAUUAAUUCUAAAUAAGUGCGAUUUGGUGGAGGUAUCUCUAAUCCAACAGUGGCUACAUUUCUUUCGCAAUUGUUUUUUAACCAUACCGUUUAUAUGUUAUCGAAGGCAAAACCUCAGCUACUUAGUUUUAGGAGGAAAUAAUACAGCCCCCAAAUUGGAAUCAGGGCGAUCAAGCAGCGUCCCUGCUGACAGUACCAACUACAAAAUAUUUGUAAAGUCACUUCUGAAAGGUUUGUUUAACACGGAUAAAAAAAUUACCUACGGAGUUCUUGGACACACAUACACCGGAAGAGUCAGCUUCACGCAAUCUGUCCUGAGCGCAUUCUCUUACACAAAAAGUAUAAACAAAACAACAGUUAUUAACCUUGAUGAAAAUAUCAAUUUUCACACAAAAUGUGGCAUUAUUUUAAAGAAAGAAAUUCAUGGCAUUGGCCUAAUUAAAAGACUACAUGUCCUGAACAAUAAAGAAAGAUUAAAUUUUUUAAGUGAAUUUUUACUUAAUUUAACAGGAAAAAAUCUAUUGAAAAUCUUAACUCUCCUAAACAGAGAAGAAAUUGCCUACGAAUACAGAGACUACUUUGGCAAAAAUAAGGACAAGUUACAAAAAUUAAAAAGAAAAAAAGAAAUUAUUCGCUUAAUUUUGUUAAAGGAUCCAAAUGAAGAGCCUGAAAAUAAAAAUAUUAAUUUUAAAAAUAUGACCAAAUUGUACAAUAAAUUAUUUUUAAACAAAAUUGCCUAUUACGUUAUUCCGAAGACUAUGUUAUCCCUUUCACAUGAAAAGAAUGACAGCGUUGACCACAUUUCCAGCGUGGGCUUGGCCAUUUAUCCUAACGUUGAUGAAUUUAUAUUUUCCCAGGAGAGAAAGUUUGAUGAUUUUAUUAUUAUAAAAAGUGACAACAUGAAGGGUUAA